AUGGAGACCCUGGAAGGAGCUGAACUCUGCUUUCCACAACUCCUCAACACUUCAUGCAGGAAGCCAUUGCAGCAUCAUGCUGAGACCAUAUUCCUUUACAUCCUGCUGUCCUGCAUCUCUUUGCUCACUGUGGUUCUCAACCUGCUGGUCAUCAUCUCUAUCUCUCACUUCAGGCAGCUCCACACCUCUACCAACCUCCUGCUCCUUUCUCUGGCUGUUGCAGACUUCCUCGUUGGCCUCCUGCUGAUGCCACUUCAAAUUCUCCUCAUAGGGGGCUGCUGGUUUUUGGAAAGCUUCAUGUGUGGACUGUUUUACUAUGCCUCUUUUAUCCUUACAUCUGCCUCAGUGGGUAACAUGGUGCUCAUAUCAGUUGACCGAUAUGUGGCCAUUUGUGACCCUUUGUGUUACCCCACCAAAGUCACUCAAAAAAGAGUUCAAAUUAGCAUUUGUCUGUGUUGGGUCUGUUCUGUUUUAUAUAAUGGUGUGAUACUGAAUGCCUUCCUAAAACAUCCAGAUAGAUAUAAUACGUGCUAUGGAGAGUGUGUAGUUGUAAUUGGCUUUAUAACAGGAGCUGUUGAUGUCAUAUUGACCUUUAUUGGCCCUAUUGCUGUCAUCAUACUUCUGUAUAUGAAAGUAUUUGUGGUGGCUGUAUCUCAGGCUCGAGCAAUGAGGUCUCAUAUUGCAGCUGUCACACUCCAGGGCUCAGUUAGUGUAACUGCAAAGAAAUCUGAGAGAAAAGCAGCCAGGACUCUUGGUGUUGUUGUGGUUAUGUUUCUAAUAUGUUUUUGUCCAUAUUUUUAUCCCUCUCUCGUGGGCCAGGACAUGUCAACCAGUGUGGCAUUUUCAAUUUUUGGGGUCUGGCUACUUUAUUGUAACUCCUGUCUAAAUCCAGUGAUCUAUGCUUUUUUCUAUCCCUGGUUUAGAAAAUCUAUUAAACUCAUUGUUACACUUCAGAUAUUGCAACCUGAUUCCUGUUAUGCACACAUACUGUAG